UCUAAUUACGCGAUUAUCAAUUAUCCAUACAAUGUAUUGAUUAUAUCAUGAGAUUUCGUUGUAGCUUUAUGAUUGAUUGCUUCUAUCUUAUAGUAUGUGAAUUUGGGAUUAGGGUUUUGUAAUUUGCAACCUUCUUACUGAUUUUUUCUGUUUAGUCAUUUAUAUGCAAUGUAAUUUGUGGGCUGAUGACUAAAAGGGGGUUAAUUUUUGGAUUUUUUUCAGACCCAUCUUGUUUUCUAGAAGAAUAAAGUUAUUUUUAUGCUCAAAUAAUUGUUUUACUGAUUUUGGUCAAGAAAAUCCUUUCAAAGAAUGUCCUUCAGAACAGAAAUCAUUUUUUUGGGAACUUAUAAUCACUAUAUAAAUGAAAAGCAUCAAACUUGAGUAGCUAAUCGACAUUCGUGUUUAUGUUAUGCCCUGUAUUUUGUUUAUGGUGAUUAUCUUGACAUGGAAACUGAUGAAUUUAAUUGACUUGAAUAUUUUUGUUUGAUCAUUUAUUAUUUAGUUAUCAAAUCUAGGACAAGUGUAUUAAUAAAUGUUGCUGGGACUCUUCAAAACUGCCAACGGAUGCGUGUCGGAUUCGCCAAAAGUAGUGUAUUUUUAAAGAAUCCGAGACAGCGGAACAGCUUUUGGUUUCAAUAAUGGAUCGUGGAAAAAGGCCAGACAGAUCUCUUACUGCGCCGAAUAAUAAGAUGUAUCUGGAUCUUAAGGACAUCAUCAGGGAACACUCCCUUUCAUUUCUUCCUGCCAAAUCACUUUUCAAAUUCAACGCUGUCUGUAGGGACUGGAAACUCCAGAUUUCGAGUCCAUUUUUUGCUCAUAGUCAGUCACUUUUUUGUCGCAGUACUUCAGGCUUCUUUAUCCAUUCACUUGAUGGUUCUCCUUCUCUCAUACCCAUCGACCCAAGCUUUUGUGGGGUGCCAGAUCCAUUCCUUAAGUUUUUGCCCGAGCCUGUUGACCUUAGGUCCUCCUCAAAUGGACUGCUUUGCUGCCAAGGUCGUGCAGAGGACAAGGCCUACUACAUAUGUAAUCCUGUUACUCAGCAGUGGAAGAAACUUCCAAAAUCAAAUGUGAAUCACGGACCAGAUCCAGCAAUUGUGCUCAUAUUUGAACCAUCAUUGCUCAACUUUGUAGCUGAGUAUAAAAUUAUAUGCGCUUUUCCAUCCACUGAUUUUGCUGAUGCAGUUGAGUUUGAUAUCUAUUCCUCCAAAGCGAAUUCUUGGGAAGUUGCUGGGGAGAUCCAUUUUGGAGCUAGAGCAACACGUAUGCCAAAAUCAGGGCUUCAUGUGAAUGGUGUUGUUUACUGGAUGACCACUUCAGGUAGUAUUCUUGCUUUUGAUCUAACAAAGGAGAGGUCACAGCUCCUUCAAAACUAUGAUUCUCGUGGGAUCUUGGGGGAGUAUAGUGGAAAGCUCUGUAAGAUGAACGUUUGUGGUAAUUCAAUCAGUUUAAGCAUUUUGGAUAAUGUCCACACAAAUACAAUGCAGAUGGGAAGCCAAACCAAAAUGUGGGCAGUAAAACCGAAGGUUGUUCUUGACAGUAAAAUUGUUGGGAAUGCAGCGGGGGACUACACAGCUUUACAUGUCGACAGUAAUAUGUUGGUGGUUCGGAGCUUGGGAAAAGCCUUUUUGUAUGAUUUCAAGUCUCGUGCAACAAAAUGCAUUCCUGGUGAAUUUCACAAUUCGAGAUGCUUGCCCUAUGUCAACAGUUUAGUCUCUCUCUAGUCUCUGCUUGAGCUGCAACAUCCUUGUUUGAAAUUUCUUUCAUGAUUAAGUAUUUUGCCUAUUUUAUAUUUCAUGUUAUUAUUAUUUUCAAGUGACAAUGUAGGAUUAUAUAAUAGCAGUGAAUAUAUUGAACAUUCAUAAAUAUUAAGUUUAUUUCAUAAUUCUUUCAA